GGUGAGUGGGCUGCAAGUGAAAUGAGCUCUCCGUCAUCUGCUCGCUGAGCGCACCGGAGGCUACUGCGGUAAGAUGCGGCGACGCACGAUGCUGAGGAGGAUGAGAUGAUGCGCAAUGGCCGAACGAGUGGAGGGGGGAGUCCCAGAUCACAUAUCACGGCUCUGCUGGCCUCUGAUUUAGACAAUGGGACACCAGUGAUGCAUGUCUGACUGAUUUGUAGUGGUGUAGUGGUGCAGGCCGAGUGGAGGGACGCGGUGGCGCUGAUCCCACUGAAGGAUGCUCCACAGCCCGAGGAGGGCUCAGUAGAGGCUUCGUCUGUAAACAACAAGGAAGCAGGGACACAUUAAGUAAAGGACACUCAAUCCAAAGCCUGGACAGGAGACACUGAAGCAUCGGAUAAGGUUGUUUUGUGACGGCUCAGUCAGUCGUCAGUGAGGAGCGAGCGGCCCACAGGGAGGCACUGAAGCGCUGGAGAAGUCGUCACUGAGCAUCAGUCUGGAAGAAAACAAACUUCUCAUUAUCCUCUUCAUCAUCGGCUCUGACGGCUGGACGUCUGACCUGAGCGUUUCUGUUCUCUGCCUGGAGAAAGUUAAUGCACGACAAAAGGAAACAGAAGCACAACUCCAUCUCGCUGUCAGGAAAAAGAAAAAAAACUCCUAUUUCUGUCACAUCAUUUUGUUUUGGUUUUUUACCUAAAAAACUUAAUGUUGUUAGGAGAUUAGCAAGAGUGUCAGCUCUCUUUUGAAGUGUCGGGUAAAUAUUUCCUCCCUUGUCAGAAUGAAUCAGUAAGAAAUUCUUAUUUCAGCUAUUUCAUAAUGCUCUGUGUAUUUUUUCCAAACUAUGAUCUUUUUACCUUUGAGCUGUCGUGCUCUGAAUCCAGAAUAGACUCUCGAUAGUGCCAGCCUUCCCCUCUCACAAAUGAGAAUUCAACUUGACCUGACAGGCUGCAUUUUAAUAAAGCAUAAGCGAGGACGAGCCAAUAAAACAUAGAUGAGGCCAACAACGAGCACGAUGCUCCAGCAGAAUAACAACAACAACUACCCCUGCCUCAGUGUGUCGGGCUCCACCGGUGAGAUGCUCCAGAAGUGCUCCAGAACCUCUCUGCCCUUCCCCAGCCGGCUGGAGCUUGGCCUGGGGGACCUGCCGCUGAUCCGGGGCCUCCGAGCCUGGGCCCUGUGCUCCAAGAACCGACGAAAGGCUGGUGGCAUGCUGGGAGGAGGACAAGCCCCCACGGCUCCUCCUGCUGGCCGUGAGGGCUCCACUUCCUGCCCCAGGCCUGCUGAUGUGUACCUGAGUGGGGAGUGGGGUCGCAUGGGGUACGGGCUCCCCCUGGGGCUGGACGCCAGGCAGGCCGGGAUCGGAGCUUUGGUGACAGUUGCCACUCUGAAGACGUCAGAGGGAAGCGGCAAGACACAGACUCAAUGCCUCUUCCUCCGGACUGAGAAAGGGAGCUGUUUGUACUCCACAGCUAAACCCGGAGCUGGUGGGAGUACUAGUGCAGCCUCCAGUGUGGUCGGGGGAUGGCUGAGAGGGAAGACAGGAGGAGGAGGAGGAGGAGGAGGCAGAGACAUCUCAGCCGGGAGGAGAGACAAUGGGCCAACUCUGCCGGCACACACUGGAGUAAACCGGGUUAGAGUGCGAUCUGGCCGGAGAUGGAGGAAGUCCAGUCAUGCAGCCGCCCGGGAGAAAACAGGCGUGAGCAGAGAGAGGCAGCAGAGUCACAGGGAGGAUCCGGCCAGAGAAAUAUCUCUGGAAGAAAGACAGGAAGAGCGAGACAAAGGAGGCCUGGCCAGUAAACAGUUCCCCAGCCCGCAGCAGGACAGCAGGAGAGGCAGGCAGGAGAAAGACGGAGCGUGCAGAAGUCCUCGAUGCUGCCACAAUGCGGCCCCGAAAACCUGCAGUCAGUGUGGACGGAGAGCACAGAGACGGGAAAGCCAGGAGGAGCACGAGGGAGGAAACUCGAAAGGAAUGAGGAAGGACAGGCAGAAGAAUGAGGAGGAGGAAAAGGGAGGCCUCAGCGGGUUGGAGUCAUCUAACUCUGCUUUGGCUUCACCAAACCCUGACCCAGAAUCCAACCGGUUUCACCCAGAAUCCCUCAUCAGCGGCUGUGAUGCCGACGAGAUCAGAGAAGCAGAGAGCAGCGAGGAGAUGAAGACACAAACGUGUCACAGCGAGGACGAUUAUUCAGAGAGAGAGGAGGAUACAAACUGUGAGGUUAUUAAAAUACAAACUGGAGACUCUGGACAGGUCACUGACGGCUUUACGUCGAGCCAGAACAGAGAUUUUAAUGACAGAAGUGAAGAAACAGCAGCUAAUGUGAAUGGAUUUUCUGAUCACGUGGAGGCAGAUGAAGAAUCAGAGAGAGACAUGGAGAGAGUGGGAGAUGAAGAGGGGGAAGGGAGAAUCAAUCAGACUCCUGCUGAACGCUACCAGGACGUCUCUGUCUCCACCUGCCCUGCAUCCAUCAGCACUGCAGCCUCCCCGGAGCCCUCCGUUCCUGCAGGGGGCAGCACCUGCCGAGCCAACCACGACUCCUGUGGUGUUCAGAGAGAGCCAGAGAGCAGCAGAGAAGAUGAGCUUGAGGAGAGCCAACAAGGAGUAGCAGAGCCAGAGAUCAUGGGUAAAGGAGAGCUGCAUGUAAGCACAUUUGAGCAACAACAACAACAAGAGAAUUGUGUGGCUGAUAAGAACAACACUGUGAACGAGGACAGAAACAGAAAACCUCAGUUUUGCUUUCAAGAUGUGGGAAACAGCAGCGAGCCGGAGGAGAGAGAAGCUUCAGCUUCACCUCUCAGACACAGAGAUGCUUCUGUCGUAACAGGAAACGGCUGCAACUCGAGUACAACUGAGCUUAAUGGAGCAGAGCGGAGAGAUGAGAAUAGAGAAGAGGUGUCACAGGGAGAAGAUAUCCUGAAUCCUGAGGAAGACGAUGAUGAAGCUGGGGAGGUUUCUUUGAGGAGGGAGUGGACCUGCAACGGGCUGCACGACAAAGAACAACACACUGAGGACGAUGUAAAUGACAUACAGGAGGGAAAUGAUGAAGAUGUAACGAGGAGGUGCACACUCAAAGACAACUGGAGGUUAGAGGAGUCUGCAGGAGGAGGCAGAGGAACGAAGGAGGAGUCUGAAGACACUUGUGAAGCAAACGGAGAAACAAGCAGUGACGUCACUAAUGUUGAUCCCUCCACCUCUCCUGCACGCUCCCCGGCUAAUCCUGCCCUCUCUUUGCACCCCCUGGGAUCCUGUCUGGAGGAGGAGGAGGAGGAGGAGGAGGAAGAAGGGGUUGAAGUGCCGGCAGGAGACGGAAAAGGAGGCCAGGACGGGAAGGGGAGACAAGUGGAGGUGCAGGGUGAGAAGGAGAGGGGCUCCACCGUGGCCACUGAGGAGGGGAGGAAAGAGGAGGAGGAGGAGGAGAAGGGGGAGGAGGAGAAGGAGGAAGAUGAGUUCGGAGUAUUCAUGCAGGCGGAGGGAGAGCCGGCCUGGAGCGAGGGACGCACCAUGUCUGCCUCAGUGCCUUGUGGGAGCAGAGAAAGUGCACUUGGAAACCACGCCAUCAGCGGGGAGUCGACCCACUGGACACCAGGCUGGACCGACAGCUCUUUCCACCAAUCAAGCGACUCGUGGACAGCCUUUCCUCAGGACUCAUCAGAUGGAGGUCGGGAGGCGGCGGCGGGACAGUGGUGGCCGACCAGCGCUCUGGAGGAGAACAGAGACAGCCUCCUGGCCAAUCAGAAUCUGGCGUCUGUCUUUGCCGAAGCUUUCCCCUCGCUGUCCUCAGCUGACCCAUGUGACCACGAUACUGUUCCCACACUGACGCAGCUCCUCAGGGCCAGAGCCGGCCAGGACCAGGACCAGGGGCUUCUGGACAGUUUCCACGACUUGAACAAAAUGAUUUGCCAGAGAUACAAGAGAGCAACGGGCGUGUCUCGUGACCUGCUGCUGAGGACGCUACACCUGGAGCAGCAACACACUGACAGCAGACCUGCUCCCUGGACAGCCAACCGCCGUCUGUCCCCCGGCCUCCCCUCGGCCAAUCAGCACGCUCAGAACACUGCCGCCAAGCGACGGUUGUCGUACGACUACAACAGAAACAUCGUGGAGUAACUUUACAGGCUCAGCUCUGCUCGGACUGUCAUUCAGCAACGUUUUCCUGAAGAAGUGCAGGUUUUAGCAGAACGGACCAACAGCAGGUUUCUCUGGACUGACAACACGUGAACUAUCUGCUACCUGAACUAUAUACACUUCCUGGUUAUUGAAGCCUGAGAAGAUGAAAACAGAGCGAUAGUUGUGUUUGAGAAGUUUUCUCCUCCAGCUCCUGUUGAUGUACACCGGUGGAGUUUUCCAUGACACACCUUGUCACCUUGUUCACCACCUCCACCCUCCUGCUUUAAUGUUCCUUUUCCACCCUGAUAACAGCAGCUUGUCAAAGAUUAUUUGCAGCCCAAUUACCUGUAGUUACAAGGUGCUCGUCACCAUGUUGGAGGAAGAGUCAAGAAUAUUAUAAAGUCAUAACGUCAACCCUGAAAUUCCCCCGUUCUUUUAUUAUUUGACAGAAAAUGUAACAAAAUAGAAAUUGUUUUCAUCUUUGGAAUAA